CGGACCCGCAGCCACACAGUCAGACAGUCAGAGCGACGCUGGGGAAGAAGCAGCGCGGAUGUGAAACGCACGGAUUCUGCUUUCUCAGUCUGUUUUGAGGAUACUAUAUCGUUUUCCGGGAAAAAAGCUUCAACAGUUUUGUUUUUUUUUGUCUCUCUUUUCCCCCCACACAUGUCUUUUUCAACCAUUUUUACGAGACUUGGGUCAUGAUCACAUCGCCCACGGUCUCUGUCCUGAGAAAUAGCACGAAUUCGGUGUGGGAGAGAGGCUCCUCUUCGGGGGAGAAGGGUGCAGCGAAGAUCAGCCAACUAUCUGUUUUCAACUCCGUCUCUCCCUCAGAUCCUUAUCGCCAAGCUAGUCGUCUUCCCAUAAAGAUUUUGAAAAUGCUCACGGCACGGGCAGGACACAUUUUACACCCGGAGUACCUUCAGCCUUUACCGUCCACUCCUGUCAGUCCCAUCGAGCUGGAUGCCAAGAAGAGUCCGCUGGCUCUUUUGGCCCAAACAUGCUCCCAGAUCGGCAAACCGGACCCGCCGUCCUCCUCCAAGUUGUCCUCCGUGACCUCUAAUGGAUCUAGUGACAAGGAGACCAAAAGUGGCCCGCUGAAGAUGAGCGACAUCGGAGCCGAGGACAAAUCCAGCUUCAAACCUUACUCGAAGUCGUCAGAGAAGAAGGACUCGAGCAGCAGCAGCAGCGGCCACAGUGGAGAUAAAAGCAGUUUCCGAGUGCCUAGCGCCACCUGCCCGCCGUUCACCCCCAGGACAGGCAGCCCCAACUCCUGCACCUCCGUCUCCCCGCUGCCGUCCGACGGCAAAGCGGGGGACAAGGAGGAAAAGAAGGACUCAGAAAGCAAUAAAAGUAGCACGACAGAAAACAGUGGAAGCCAAAGGAUAAAUGGAAUUAUCUCUGAUGGCAACCAUCAAGAAAGCACAUCUGGAUCAAAGACCGGCACAUCAGACUCUCCAUCUGUGACCUCAUCCUCCUCCUCCUCUGUUCUCUGCUCUGGACUGGUGGCCCCCGUCUCCCCCUACAAGCCCGGUCAUACAGUUUUCCCCUUGCCAUCCCCUGGUAUUUCCUAUCCUGGAAGUUUAGCGGGCGCCUAUGCGGGUUACCCGCAGUCGUUUCUCCCACACGGAAUGAGCCUUGACCCCACCAAAUCCAGCAGCCAGCUCCUGAGCGCGCAGUUCGCCAGCUCGCUGGGCUGCAGUAAAGCAGGGACGAGCCCCUUGGCCGGAGCGUCCCCGCCGUCUCUAAUGACCGCCAGUCUGUGUCGAGACCCGUACUGCCUGAGCUACCACUGCACGAGCCACCUGUCCGGCGCGGCGAGCGCAAACCAAUGCGCGCACGACUCUGCGCUCAAGUCCGGAUACCCGCUCAUGUACCAGGCGCACCCGCUGCACGGCGUGCACUCCUCGGCCCCGGCUUUCAGCGGACACCCCUUAUAUCCUUACGGGUUUAUGUUGCCUAACGACCCCCUGCCGCACGUGUGCAACUGGGUGUCUGCGAACGGACCUUGCGAUAAGCGCUUCUCCUCCUCCGAGGAGCUGCUCGGCCACUUGCGGACUCACACGGCCUUCGCCGGCACGGAGAAGUUAAUAUCGGGUUACCCGGGCUCCACGUCUCUGGCGAACGCGGCCGCCGCCGCCGCCAUGGCUUGUCACAUGCACCUUCCACAUAACGGCAGCCCGGGCAGCCCCGGCUCGCUGGCCCUCAGGGGCCCCCAUCACCCGCUCGGACUCAGCAGCCGCUACCACCCGUACUCUAAGAGCCCGCUGCCCGCCCCCGGGGCCGUGCCGGUGCCCGCGGCCACCGGGCCCUACUACUCCCCUUACGCCCUGUACGGACAAAGACUGACCACAGCCUCGGCCUUAGGAUACCAAUAAGACACACAGAAUUAUACGUUUAUAAAGGAGAUUUAGACCCAAUGAGUUUUAUAUCGUAUUUCAUGAUGCAGGGACUGGAUCCAUGCGAGGAUCACUGUAUUUAUUUGCGAUAGCUUCAAGCGUGACGAAAAAUAAAAAAUGAUUAUAACAUAA